AUGACAUAUACGAGGACAAACCAACCUCACGACCGGCACAUCCAUGAGCCGAUUGCCAAGUCGACGAUGUCAUGCCACAAUACAGUUGAGGAGGUCGCUGGCUCCCCUCCGACACCCACUUGGCCAGACGGCCCAUCCACAAUCACUCGGCCAGAUGGCCCAUCCGAUCAUCCUAAAAGAUCAUCUGUGUCCCAGCCAUCAACGGUGCCCCAUCUUCAGGUCAACCAGCAGCAACAACCCCACCGGAUGCACCUGGUUAUCCCAGCUACCCUCCCCACUUGA